AUGCUGGAUAUAAACCUUUUUCGCGAAGACCGUGGGGGCAAUCCGGAUCUCGUCCGAGAGAGCCAACGUCGUCGCUUCAAGGAUGUGUCUCUGGUCGACGAGGUCAUGAAAUGGGAUGCUGAAUGGCGCAGUGUACGAUACGAUUUAGAUUGCGCAUCAAAAGAGCGCAACUCCCUGAACAACGAAAUGAAACAGAUCAAGAUCAAGGGGCGCAAUCCAGAAACAAACAUUGAUCCGGACGGCACCAAGGAAGCCGCAAUUAAGGCAGCAAAAGCAGAGCUUGCAACGGGUGAGGGCGCAAAAAAAGAGCGACUUGUUGUAAUUGAGAAGGAGCGUGACGCCGCGCUCAAGCAGAUCGGAAAUCUUUUGCACCACACCGUACCUGUUGAGAAAGACGAAGAACACAAUCGAGUCGAGCGGAUGUUCCCUCCCUCUGGGGAGCUCCCGAAGUUACCGGGAAAAGGGCUGACGCAUGUUGACUUGCUUCACAUGAUCGGCGGCGUAGAGUAUGCUCGUGGUGUAAGCACUGCAGGUAGUCGGGGAUACUUCUUGAAGGGGCCUGGCGUCAUGCUGAACUUUGCUCUGAUUCAAUACGCUUUAAACUUUCUAACCGAGCGCGGAUACACGGCCGUUCAGCCUCCGUACUUCAUGGAGAAAGAGCAAAUGGCAAAGUGCGCGCAAUUGGAUGAUUUUGAUGAAGAGCUGUACAAAGUUUCCGGUGAUGGGGACAAGUAUUUGAUCGCCACAAGCGAGCAGCCCCUCUGCACUUACCACGUGGAUGAAUGGGUGGACGAACGUGAGCUCCCUCGUAAAUUCGCAGGGGUAUCAACUAACUUUCGAAAAGAAGCGGGAUCUCACGGCCGAGAUCAGCUUGGCAUCUUCCGGGUGCAUCAAUUCGAUAAGAUUGAACAGUUUUGCGUCACGUCACCGGAUGACAACCUGUCGUACGAAAUGCUAGAGACGAUGGUGAAGAACGCAGAGGAAUUCUAUCAGAGCAUUGGUUUGAGCUACCAGGUAAUCAGCAUUGUCUCCGGGGCGAUGAAUGACUCUGCGGCAAAAAAGUAUGACAUCGAGGCAUGGUUCCCAGGAGCCAGCGAUGGGAAGGGCGAGUACCGGGAACUUGUAUCGGCGUCAAACUGCACGGAUUUCCAGGCGCGCAAACUCGAAACACGCUGCGGGAGCAAGAAGAUGGGGGAUACCAACAAGAGAUACGUGCAUAUGUUGAACGCCACCUUGUGCGCGGUGACGCGUGUGAUUUGCUGCAUUCUUGAAACCUUUCAAACAGAAGAAGGUAUUACAGUGCCAGAAGUUUUGCGAGCGUUUGUAGGUAGCGACUUUAUCCCGUUUGUGCGUGAUCCACCAAAGCUGAAAGUGAAAAAGUCUAAAAAGUAAGGUGGUGCGGGUAGAGCCGGAAAUGCUUGUUGUGGCGAAUAAAAAGGAAGUCACAUAGCUA